AUGGAAAUGCUGCUGAGAGUAGCAGGAUACUGUAAACCAAUCGAUUUGGUCGAAAGAGUGGUCACGACACAAACGAAAGGGUGGGACUUGUUUUCCCCAGUAUUCAUCACAGAUUGGAGAUCUCUGCUCGAUUAUUGGCAAAGAUUCCCUUUCCUGGACAAAUAUAUUAGCACGAUUCGGCAAAAACGCAACAGUAUUACGGGAUUCGUUCAGGGUUACGGGAUCCUGACUCCGCAAAAAAUGACAAGAUGUGAGAAACCUACUGAAUGCCAAAUUCGCCAUGGGUGGGCCAUGUGGCGAACACUUGCAAUUCCCAUUUUAUGCGCUCACUUGGUUGCAGGACAGUUCGCUUAUCAUCCAUGUGCGGCUCGCACCCUCAAAAAGAACGAGGUGGUAUGUGUGUGCAACACGACCUACUGCGACAAUGUGGUUCCACUGGGUGACCUUCGGCUGGGUGAGGGUACCGUGUACUACUCAAACGAAGCUGGACGUCGGCUCGAUAGAUCCUUCCUGAGACAAACUGCUAACAGGGCAGAAAACGGCACUCUCCUCACUCUGGACUUCACAGCCACUUUCCAGAAAAUGAUCGGCUUUGGCGGUGCAUUCACUGAUUCAGCCGGCAUUAAUCUACGUUCGCUACCAAAAUCUAUGCAGGAUAGCAUCCUCGAAGGUUAUUAUGGGUCUAGCGGUCUGCAGUACACCAUUGGACGGGUGCCAAUGGCUAGUACCGAUUUUUCAACGCAUGAAUACAGUUAUGCGGAUACUCCCGGCGAUUUCAGCCUGACUAAUUUCUCUUUGACUGUCGAAGACUACCAAUACAAGGUCAUAUGCGCUGCCUCAGUACCCUACGCACUGAGCCCUGCCGUCUCGGACGUCGGACGGCAUGGCGACCAACUGUGUACUUACAACGCGAGAACAGUGUCCACAGACGCGGACCUGCAUGCCCUUCUCGGAGCUGCAGAGCGUGUCAAAUUUCACGUGAUUGCUCUGCAGGAGACCAAAUGCGGAAGGAGCGACGUACGACAGAUGAAUGACGGCGGUGUUGGUUUUCUUGUGCACCCAUCUGUCGUCCAUCUUGUCGAUUCUCACGAGAUCCUGUCACCUCGUCUGGCCAUUCUUCGCCUCCGCCCUCUGCGCCAAAACCCCAUCAGUAUCAUCUACUGUUACUCACCAACAUCAGCAGCUGAUGAAUCCAAAUUGGACGCGUUCUACGAGCAGCUGGAGGAAGGAAUCCGCAACGAGAAGUCCUUCUACAAAUUCGUUGUCGGAGACUUCAACGCAAAACUAGGAAAGGCCACAGAACAGGAACACAGGAUUGGAAGAUUUGGACUAGGGGACCGGAAUGAAAAUGGCAAUCGUCUCGCCGGGCUGUUGUCCGCCGCUCGCCUCUUUCAUGGGAACUCUCUUUUCAUGAAAAAAGAUCAUCGUCGGUGGACAUGGGAAUCGUCCAAUGGCGCGACUCGUGCGGAGAUCGACCACAUACUCACCAACCGGAGGUGGUGUCUACUUGACGUCUCAGUAGUACCAUCCUUUUGUAGUGGUUCUGAUCACCGUCUCCUUCGUGCGAAAAAAGACUUAGCCACACGGUGGAAAAGAACAUCUGCUAUCGGCAACGAAGGAGAAAAAAAAGUCGUCUACGACGAUUGCGUACUUGAGGACUCCUUGUCCCAAGCUGACUGGCACAUCGAGGAGGACCCAAGCGUGGACUACGAGCUGCUGCUCGGAGGAUUACGAACCUGCGCUGAGCGUGCCUCGAAGCCGCGCACGACAAACUUGGAUCGAAUUUCGAAGACCACCAAGGAAUUGAGUACGUUGCAGGAGGAUCUUUUGAAAUACAGGCAGAAGAAGAUUCUGGAAGCAGCGCAGAGAAGAAGGAAUCUGAAGAAGCACCGCAGGGAUCUCCACGAAUAUAAUAUUCCGCUAGCAGCCUUGCUGAGCGAAGACGGGACUCGCACGUCUUCUCUUCGUGAGAUAGAAAUCAUUACGGAGAGGUUCUACUCGAACCUUUUCCGUUCAUCAACUUCUGUGUCAAUCUCGAUCAUCCCCACUGAUGAAGCUCCACCACGGAUUUUCUCUUCGGAAGCUGGUGGCCAUCCGCUUCAUGUAAUCUUAGCAGCGCACAUGACAUCCUAUCUUCAGAAAGAAAGGAUCCCAGACCAGUGGAAGACCUCGCGAACCGUUCUUAUCCAUAAGAAAGGUGACCGAGAGGACCUUCGGAACUACCGUCCGAUAUGCUUGCUGAGCGUGUUAUACAAAGUAUUCACCAAGAUCAUCCUCACUUGCAUAUCUACGACGCUGGAUGAAGCCCAGCCUGAAGAACAAGCUGGAUUCCACCAGGGGUUCAGCUGA